GUCGCAAAUGUCAAGCGGCGCGCUAGUCGCGUUGGCCAGUCUUUUUGGGCGUCGGGGCCCCGACGGAGACGACUUUUGAUCGGAGACGACUUUUGAUCCUCACAACCCAAACACACACACACGCCCGCCGCUGCAGUCCCCCCGCGACGCGCCACGGCAGAUCCGAGCACGGCCGCAUUCUCAGCGGGCGCGAAACCAUCGGAGCAGGAGGCUGCGAGCGGAUACAUGCUGGUUCGAGCGUGUGCUGGGUCGCCUCCCUCGCUCUGAAUGGAACAAGGCUCCGGCGACGACGGCGACGACGCGAUCGCCCGCCGCGCACCGAAUGGCGACACCACGACGGUCCGGGUCGCCGUCAAGGACGAGGGCGCGGGCGACGAGUCCGCCCGGCGCUCGACGUCGCGCGCCGCCUCGCCGCCGUGGAAGUCGUUCAGCGCCAACGGGCCCACGACCGUCUUCGAGAACGGGGUGCGCAAGUCGUCGCGCGUGAACCGCGACGCGGCCGCCCCGCCGACGCCCGAGUCGACGCGUCGGGCGAAGCUCGCCCCGCCGCAGACGAACGGCACCCCGAAGCCCGCCGCUCGCAAGCGCCUCGCCAGCAGCGUCACCAAGCGCCGGCCGGCCGCGACGACGGCCGCGACGACGCCGACCCCGACGCUGAGCACCCCCGCGUCGCGCAAGUCGGAGCGCCAGCGCGCGCCCGCUGCCCGUCGCUCGCCCGUCGCCCGUCGCCCGACGCCGCCGACGCCGCCCGAGAGGAAGCGCGGACGCCCCCGGCGCGGCACCCUCGACGACGAACACGACCCGGACGGCGGCCUGUACGUCGAGACGCUCGACCCCGCCGCCCCCGCGCCCCGCCUGCGUCUCAAGCUGCGCAGGCUCGACCCCCCGAUCCGCCACCCGCUGCACGCCCCGCCGCCGGCCAAGCACGGCUCGCUCGCCGCGUUCCUCGCCCAGGACGACGCGUUCGAGGGCGACGAGUCGCAGCGCAUCACAGACGAGCGCGCCGACGACGAGGCGCGUCGGCGGCUGCGCAUCGAGCUCGCGGCGGAGCGCGGCGUGCUGAGCCAGGCCGUCUGCAGCGUCUUCGCCCCCGAGGCGGCGCCCGAGCCGCCGCAGGCCGUGGCCCACUGGGACCACGUCGCCGCCCACGCGCUGCACUUUGGGCGGCUGCUGGCGGACGAGAAGAAGAACCACCGCCGUGUGGCCCGCGCCCUCGCGCGCGAGGCCCAGGACAAGUGGGCCGCGCGCUACAAGCACAAGACGCAGGACGAGCUCGACCAGGACGAGCUCGACCGCCACAUCACGCGCUACAAGCAGCUCGUGCGCGACCUCAAGGACGCGUGGGCCCUCGUCCGCGCCGAAGUCGACAGGGAGCGCAUCGCGCGGUACGAAGAGGAGCAGCUGCAGCUCGGCCACAAGGCCAUGGACGACAUGUUCAACCAGGCCCAGGAGAUUCUCGGCCGCGGGCCCGCCGACUCGGCCUCGUACUACAGCGAGGACCGCGACUUUGACGACGAGCUGCGCAGCGACGACAGCGGAGACGACAACAACGCCGCCGCCGCCGACGACGACGACGACGUCAUGUCCUCGAGCGACGACAGCGAAGACGACAACAACGCCGUCGACGACGACGCCCAGCUCACCGCCGAGCAGCUGCGCGCCAAGUACGAGCAGCUGCCCGACCUCCCGGACAGCUCCAGUGAGGCGGAGGCGGAGGCAGAGGCGGAGGAGGCAGAGGAGGAGGAGGAGGAGGCAGAGGAGGAGGAGGAGGAGGCGGAGGAAGAAGAGGAUAAUGAUGAUGACGAUCAAGACAAAGGCACGCCCGGCCCUGACCUGGACAUGGAGGACGCUGAACCCCACACAAACGGCUGGCACGACGAAGAGCACGACGACAGCAAGCCCGACUACAUCAACCCCGACUACAUCAACCCUGCAGACGUCGAGCUGGAGCAAGUCGACGACGCGCUGCUGGACUCGGACGAUGGCGAGUCUGGCUCUGGCUCCGGCAGCGAGGAGUGGCCCAGCGACGACUCCGACUCCAACGAGGACGAGGACGAGGACGCAGAGCACGGGACGGGCGCCUCUGACCACGGCACCGACGAUGAGGAGGGUCAUGUUGGCCUGAUGGGCUUCCUGGGCGCCAGCGACAUCAAGAAGCUAAAGGCAGCCGCCAGGACGGCUGCCGACGAGACAGCGACAGAAGACAGUCGAAUCGACGGCCACGCAGACAGUCGAAUCGACGGCCACGCAGACAGUCGAAUCGACGGCCUUGGACACAGCCGCAUCGACGGCCUUGGACACAGCCACAUCAACGGCCAUGAAGAGAGCCACAUCAACUGCCAUGAAGAGAGCCAGACCAACGGCCAAACCAUCUCUCAACCCGUCGAGGACAUGAUGCAAGCCGAAGACAUGGUGCAAGUCGAGGACAUGGUGCAGGUCGAGGACAUGAUGCAGGCCGAGGACACGAUGCAGGCCGAGGACACGAUGCAAGUCGAAAACACGAUGCAAGUCGAAGACACGAUGCAGGCCGAGGACAUGAUGCAGGCCGAAGACACGAUGCAGGCCGAGGACAUGAUGCAGGCCGAAGACACGAUGCAGGCCGAGGACAUGAUGCAGGCCGAGGACGAGCCAGCUCCUCAGCCCCGCGAGACCUCACAGCCACCACGCGCGGAAAUCCCGCCCCUCCUGCGCGGCACCCUCCGCGAGUACCAGCACGGCGGCCUCGACUGGCUCUCCAACCUCUACGACACCGACACAAACGGCAUCCUCGCCGACGAGAUGGGGCUCGGCAAGACCAUCCAAACCAUCUCGCUGCUCGCCUACAUUGCCUGCUUCCGCAACGUGUGGGGCCCGCAUCUCGUCGUGGUCCCCACGAGUGUCAUGCUCAACUGGGAGAUGGAGUUCAAAAAGUUCCUGCCGGGCUUCAAGAUCCUCACCUACUACGGCGACAUCAACGAGCGCAAGCGCAAGCGCAUGGGCUGGCGCAACACGGGCAAGGACAUGUACAACGUCGUCAUCACCUCGUACCAGCUCAUUCUGCAGGACGCCGCCGCCUUCAAGAUGCGAGCCUGGCAGUAUUUGAUCCUGGACGAGGCCCACAACAUCAAGAACUUCAAGUCGCAGCGCUGGCAGACCAUGCUCACACUGCGCACCGAGCGACGCCUGCUGCUGACGGGCACGCCGCUGCAGAACAACAUUGACGAGCUGUGGUCUCUGCUGUACUUUCUGAUGCCCGCGGGCUUCGCUGGCGAAGGCCGCAUCGCCAACCUCGACGACUUCACCCUGGCCCUGAAGAACCCGACGUCGCAGAUCCUGGACCAGGGCCGACAGCAGCUGGACGCCGAGGCCCAGAAGAUCGUCGCGAGGCUGCACCAAGUCCUGCGCCCGUACCUGCUGCGCCGGCUCAAGUCCGAGGUCGAGAAGCAGAUGCCGGGCAAGUACGAGCACGUCGUCUACUGCAAGCUCUCGAAGCGCCAGCGCCAGCUCUACGACGGCUUCAUGGGGCGCGCCGACACGAAGCAGAUCCUCUCGUCCGGCAACUACAUGUCCAUUAUCAACUGCCUCAUGUCGCUGCGCAAAGUCUGCAACCACCCGGAUCUGUUCGAGACGCGCGCCAUUGUCACGUCGAUGGCGAUGCCCAAGUCUGUCGCCGCGGCGUUUGAGAUUACCGAUCUGCUGAUCCGAAGACGGCUCGGCGAGGGCGAGGACGAGGAGCGGGUAAACCUCGACGCCCUCCACAUGGUCUUCGCGCGGCGCGAGCAGACCCAGCUGCGACACGCGCGGCGCUCCCAGCAGAUCCGCGCAACACGCCCGCUGGAGGAUCUCAUCGAACGGCAAACGCGCCGCAUCAACAAGCCGGCUCCACCAGCCGCGUCCUCGCUCCAGACGACCAUGUCAGCGCUCGCACGGCGCGAGCAGGUCGCCGUCCGCCAUCAUCUGCAGCGAUGUCUGGCUCUCACGCGAGCAAGAACGCAGUUUCUCCCCGUCUACGGCAAAGACGUCAUCGACGCCGUCACCGUGGACUGGCACGCAUUCACGUUUGGUCCUCGGCGCGCUGGCAUCAAGAUACUCAAACCCAAGCCGCUGACGAACCCCUACUACCCAAUGCCGCAGACACUGCAGCCGCAGCCGCAGCCCAUGCCCAUGCCGAUGCCGACGCCCAUGCCGAUGCCAGCCUAUCCGGCGCCUCCACCGAACCACCACUUUGGGCAAUCGACAACCAUCAUACCGCCAAAGGAGGACGAGCAGCAGUACGACACCGUCCGUAGAUACCACGGCGACCUCGGCUUCAGGGCGCCCAAGUCCACACGGGCUGCGAAUGAGUGGUGCGCCGAGCAGGUGACACACUUCUUGGACAUGAUUCCCACGCUUGAGCAGCGCGCAGAUUCGCUGCAGCCCCUCAUCGCCCAGUUCACCUGCGUGACGCCAGCGGUCGCUGCCGAGGAGCUCGCCCCUCUCACACUGUCGAGACGCGGCGUGCAGCUCGUCAGGGCCUCGGACAUGGCGCAGCAGCGCGACCCCUUCCACGAGGCGCGCAUGCGCCAGUCGAUCGCCUUCCCCGACAAGCGCCUCCUGCAGUACGACUGCGGCAAGCUGCAGCGCCUCGCCACGCUUCUCCGCGACCUCCAGUCCGGCGGCCACCGUGUCUUGAUCUUCACCCAGAUGACCAAAGUGCUUGAUAUUCUGGAGCAGUUCCUCAACAUCCACGGCCACCGGUACCUGCGCCUCGAUGGGUCCACCAAGGUCGAGCAGCGCCAGAUCCUCACCGACCGCUUCAACAGCGACACCAGCAUCCUCGCCUUCAUCCUGUCGUCCCGCUCCGGCGGCCUCGGCAUCAACCUCACGGGCGCCGACACCGUCGUCUUCUACGACCUCGACUGGAACCCCGCCAUGGACAAGCAGUGCCAGGACCGCGCGCACCGCAUCGGCCAGACGCGCGACGUGCACAUUUACAAGUUCGUCAGCGAGUACACCAUCGAGGCCAACAUCCUGCGCAAGUCGAACCAGAAGCGCCUCCUCGACGAUGUCAUUAUCCAAAAGGGCGACUUCACCACCGACACGUUCAACAGGGCCACCUGGCGCGACGCCCUCGACGACCGUGCCGACACGUCCGACGAGGCGGGCGCAGCCAUGGACCGCGUGCUGGGCGAGCGCGCGGGCAUCCUGGGCGACGCGCGCGUCAUGAACACGGUCGAGGACACCGAGGACCGUAAUGCGGCGUCGAUGGCGCACAAGGAGAUUGUCGACGAGAUCCACGACGACCACGUCGACUUCAACGAGUCCAGCAACGCGACCCGCGCGCCGUCCGAGGCCGUGGCUGCAGCCGCCGACCUCGACGCCCUGGUCGAGCGCCGCCACGUCGACGAGUACAUGCUCGGCCUGUUCCGCGCCGAGUUUGGCAGCGAGCCGUACAAGCCGCCGACGGACCGGCAGAAGAGGAACCGCAAGGGUCAGGAUCCGCAUGUCCGCCAGCGGAAGAAGAAGUAUUGAUCGAAUAUUGUAUUAGUAGACUGUAUACCAGAAUUUCGUAUCGAUUGUGUCCAUCGUCGAUG